CUCCAGGAACUAAGGCUCAGUAUCUGCAGAAGGUUUUUACCCAUCUCAUUCCGGCUAUGGGGACACCAUGUCUUCACCCAGGGAGGUUAGAGGAAAAAAUGGAAGAGCUAAUGAUAAAGAUGUGGAUGAUUCAGAAGACCUGAGUCACCGGAAGUCUUUGCCUUCAUCAAGUCAGAAAAAGACACCUACAAAACCGGUUUUUGGGAAUAAAGUAAAUUCAGAGAAUGUAAAACCCUCCCACCAUCUGUCAUUCUCAAAUAAGUAUGAGCUUGUUUUUCCAGUGCCUUUAGAAAGUGACAGUGAUGAGGCAAUGUGGGAUGUCAGUGACCUGUCCCGCAGAAACAGGUGGAGCAGCGUGGACACUGAGUCAGCAGGGCCAUCAAAGACUGUCUCCCCAGCGCUUUCUGGUAGUAACACUGAAACAAUUUUCUCUGAAAAGGAGCUAACUCAGUUGGCUCAGAUUCGACCAUUAAUAUUCAACAAUUCUUCACAAUCUGCCAUGAGGGAUUGUUUGAAAAUGCUUCAGAACAAAGAAGAACUUGAUAUCAUCCGUGAGUUUUUGGAGUUAGAACAAAUGACGCUUCCUGAUGACUUCCACUCUGGGAAUGAGCUACAGAACAGAGAUAAGAACAGAUACCGAGAUAUUCUUCCAUAUGAUUCAACACGUGUUCCUCUUGGAAAAAACAAGGACUACAUCAACGCUAGUUAUAUUAGAAUAGUAAAUCAUGAAGAAGAGUAUUUUUAUAUUGCCACUCAAGGACCACUGCCAGAUACUAUAGAAGACUUUUGGCAAAUGGUUAUGGAAAAUAAUUGUAAUGUUAUUGCUAUGAUAACCAGAGAGAUAGAAGGUGGAGUUAUCAAGUGUUACAGUUACUGGCCCAUUUCUCUGAAGGAGCCUUUGGAAUUCAAACACUUUCGUGUCCUUCUGGAGACAUUUCAUAUAACUCAGUAUUUCACCAUUCGAGUAUUUCAGAUUGUGAAGAAGUCCACAGGAAAGAGUCACUCUGUAAAACACGUGCAGUUCACCAAAUGGCCAGACCAUGGCACUCCUGCCUCAGUAGAUUUUUUCAUAAAAUAUGUCCGUUACGUGAGGAAGAACCACAUUACAGGACCCCUCCUUGUUCACUGCAGUGCUGGUGUAGGCCGAACAGGGGUGUUCAUAUGUGUGGAUGUUGUGUUCUCUGCCAUCGAGAAGAACUACUCAUUCAACAUUAUGAACAUAGUGACCCAGAUGAGAAGGCAGCGCUGUGGCAUGAUUCAAACCAAGGAGCAGUAUCAUUUUUGCUAUGAAAUUGUGCUUGAAGUUCUCCGGAAUCUUCUGGACUUGAAUUAAGGAAGCCUUCUGCGCCUGUCAUGCCUGUCACUUGAGAUUGCCAAGCAGCUUGGAGGCUGAGAUGUGCUGAAGUGUCUGCCCACCAUGCAGUUUGCCUACUGAUUUUCUCUCUGAAAGUCCCCGAGGGCAGCACCACUGGGCCCGGAGUGGAUUGUUUUCACUUGAUCUUUCUGGACAAGAGCAAAAUACUCUCCAUGCCUUCUGCCAAAACUAAA